AAUUUUCAACCAAUUAUUUUAUCAAGAGAAAGUAGAAAGGAAAUUGAAUUAAAAAUGGAAGAUCACAAGAAUAAUGUUGAGAAUAUUACUCAUGAUUUUCAUAAUUUAAGUAAAUCUUUCGAAUCUUUAGUAAGAAGGCUCUUGAAACGCAAAAUAAUGUAAAACUUUGAAAAUUCGUUUAAAUCAAGAAUGAAAAACAAAAUGAAAAGUUUAAUGAUGAAAUACGAAAUAUAUUAUCAAAAUAUUAUGAACUUGAAAAAAAGUUAAAAUUUGUUGAUGAAUCUAUGAAAAAGU